GAAAUGUAUAACUUGUCCGCGACUACCCCGCCUAAUUUUCUUGAUCUGCUAUCAAAUGACGAUGGAUCCUCCAUAAACAACCUAUCCCAACCUAUCCAUUUUUUUGAUUCAGAACAAAAUCAAGACCCUAUACACCAUGAUCCUCACCCUGCACAGUAUACCACCCAAUGCUCUGCCCCACCCAAGAUCGAUGGUCAGCAUAUGCUCAUCGAAACACCAAUCCAUCCUCUCCAACCCUCCACAGACCCUCCCCCGUCUUUUGACCUUGAUUUCAACUCGCCUGACGAGCAAAGAAACGACCUAACCCAUGUCAUUGGAACCUUUACCAGCUUUGAACAAGAGUUUGUAGGUUUCAACCUCAUGGAAAAAGAAGGAAACUCGGGCUUGUCGGCCGUUGGAGGAAACUCACAGUUUAUGAAUUACUCGCCCAUCGAAUCAAAUAACUCAGCCAUGGAUUUUAGCCGAAGACAUUCUGUAGCUGUCAGUGACUAUGGCACAUUAAGAUCUGCAGAAACUCUUUCCCAAAACUAUCUAGACAAAUCGCUCGGACAGUCUACGAAACCAUUUGUCGGUAAUCCCAGCCAUCGGUUCCCCAUCGACCACACCAGUACACUCCAGGCGAUCGCCGAGAAUCCGAUGCUAUUCCACCAUCGCGCCUCGCUCCCAAACGUGUCUUCGCCCAGCCUUGGUUACAAACGACUCAACCACUCACACCACCUCAGUAUCCUCACUGACGGGUCGAGUGGUACGAGAAUAAUCGACCAAGGAGUUGGUCCCCAGUUGACAUGGAAACAAAGUGGGAUGCCCAAAAAAGAGGGUGUGAGAUCCUAUUCGGUCGCAGGUGAAAAACAGCAGCCAAUCCCGCUGCCAGCAUCAGCGUUAGCGUCAGCCCCGCCGCCGCCGCAACCUCAACCGCAACCGCAACCACCACCGCCGCCGCCGCCGCUGCUGCUGUCGUCCCUAUCAUCAUCGCUAUCAUCAUCUCUGUCGUCCUCCUCGGCAUCAGCUACGCCAUUGUCUUCCUCGUCCUUGUCGUCGCUGCCGGCUCAUCACCGCAUAUCACUUGGCGGCAGUUUGUCAACCCCCACGCUCUCCUCGACAAACAUUAUUACACCUCACGCCCAGAGAAAGCGCUUCUUUGAUCCCCGAGCAUCUCACCCUCCAUUCCCUGUCUCAAGUGACAGCGCCCAGAUGCCCCAAGUCGCAUGGAACUCCUGGUUUGAUGAAGAAGCCCACCGCAAGCGCACCAAGUCACUUGAUCUUGGCCAGACAGCCGAAGACGUUGUGGCAGACGACUCAGGCGAAAGUACCGAUGGCGCAUUUAACCUGAAUGUCGACAACGACUAUCCAAAUAUCACCGAGGCUGAUAUUGAAGCUGCCAAAAAGGAUUCAAGUGCAAUCCCCCGUCGUCAGAAGCUGAGAUACGAAGGAGACAACUACACACCAAAAUGGGUCAGAUACACAGGUCAGCCCAAAGAAGGUUAUUGCGAUAGCUGCCGGCCUGGAAAGUGGCUUCAACUUAAGAACAGUGCUUAUUGGUAUCAUAAGCAAUUCUUUCAUGGUAUAUCAUCGGUAUCUGGAAAGGCGUUUGUCCUUCCAUUAGAACAACGAGACGGAGAGCACGAUGUCAUCGAAGGUCUAUGUCACCAGUGUCAUCAAUAUGUUCCAAUUUGCAAUGCUAAGCGUAAGAAUAGCGUGCUGUGGUAUCGCCACGCCCACAAGUGUCAUAUAUACGAUAAACCAAAGUCAAAGGCAGUAAAGAGAAAUUCUAUUGCCAAAAAGCCAAGCUGGUGA